AUGUCUCACAAGUGGCUCUUUGACUUCUGUUGUGUGUUGCUUCUUGGCUGUUGCGCUCAAGGGGCGUGUCCUUCUAUUGUGAGCAGAGCAGAAUGGGGUGCCAGAGCUCCAAAAGCUGUGUCCUACCUAUCUAAGCAACCUGUGAAGUACGCCUUUAUCCACCAUUCAGCCGAGGGCGAGUGUUUUUCCAGGGCAAAUUGCUCGAGAGCAGUUCGAGGAUAUCAGAACUACCACAUGGACUCCAAAGGAUGGGAUGACGUCGGCUACAGUUUCAUGGUGGGCGGUAACGGCGAUAUCUUUGAAGGACGUGGCUGGGAUAAAGUCGGUGCUCACACCUUUGGUUAUAACACUGUCGGUUUAGGGUUUUGCCUUUCUGGGAACUUCAUGACUCACCUCCCCACAAAAGCCCAGAUGGACUCCGUGAAGGCUUUGAUCAAGUGUGGCGUGGACAAAGGCAAGAUCGCCACCAACUACACCCUGAGGGGACACCGAGACAUGGGGGCCACGCUCUGUCCCGGGGAUAAACUCUACGCCGAGAUCAAAACUUGGCCACAUUACUAACACUUUUCUUGUCAAUACAUAAUUAAAUAUUCCAGUAAACUAUC